AUGGCGGGUGAUCAGGGAGCCGGUGGCGGCAUAGAAAGCAACCGUCGCCAUCUGUCAACAUCGACUCGAGCCAACGCCGAGAACGAGCCCAUUCAAGAGGCCGAGCCCCAGACGGGCAAGCAGACGCAACAAGAGGAGGCCAAACCCAAGUUCAAGCAAUCAUCACAAGUCUCUCCUAGAGGUUUCAACCCCCCUUCCAAUACAUCAACGCCCACGACAGCACCCCUAAUGGCGAGGGCGUCAUCCAACAGUUCAACUAUUUCCACCCCGAGUGCGCCGACAGAUAGUUACUUCGGAAGCGUGCCAGAGGUCAAGGCAUCCGCUCCCCGGAUCUCUCGGCCCAUUGAGCCCCCCGUGACGAAGGCGACCCUGAGCGAGUUAGACGUGUGUAAAAUCAUGCACAACCCGAAAUUGCGCCAUGAUAUCAACUUCGACCCCGAGCUGCACUUCCGCCCCAACCUGGACGGCGACAAGGGCAAGAGGAAGCAGCACAAGGCCGACCUGUUUUGGAACACCCUUCAGGAGCAGCUUAUUCAAUUUGUGAGGGAGCCAGAGUCCUUCUUCUCGGCACACGGCCAGGAUGAUGAUUGGUGCCUGCCCUCUUUGCUGAAGGCAGUCAAGGAAAUCAUUCAGACUUUGGUACCCCAAAGAGAUAGAAUCUACCUGGAUGAGGGACUGAAUGUCGACUUAUUGAUGCAGCAAUUCUACAGAGGAGUCGCAGACUUGGAGAAGCUGGCUCUAUGGUUGUCUCGGGUGCUCAAAUCACACUGCGCCCCGAUGCGGGAUGAGUGGGUUGAUCAAAUGUACACCCAGCUGAGCAACGGCAACAGGACGAACAAUGUGGAUGAGCUCGUCAAGGGCAUGAAGAGCCUGCUUAGCGUGCUGGAGGCUAUGAAGCUCGACGUUGCCAACCAUCAGAUUCGCUGUCUCCGCCCGAUCCUGAUCGAGGGAACUAUCCCGUUCGAGCGCAAAUUCUUCGAGAAAAAGAUUCAGGGAAAUAAGCUGGACGUUACUCAAGCAAAUGCCUGGUAUAGGGAUGCCGAGCAGAGAUACGCCGCUUCUGUUUCUCCCAUCGCAGCUCACUAUUUCGGCGAGAUGUCUGUCUUUUUUGAAGCCAUCUCACGCCUGGUCUUACCCUCGGUAUCAGAAAAGGCAUUGCCAAAUACCUUUAUCUUUGACGAAGAGCGGUUUGGCAAGCUCCGCGCAGAUAUGCUGGACGCGAUCAACUUGGAGGUCUGCAUGCGCAUGUACGAUGACCUCGAGAGGGUCGGCCGAUUGAACGCUCCCCUCUUUGCCAGCUCCUUCUCACAGUUUGAUGAGGAGCCUCGCGGCCGCCCUCUAUCCAUGACUCCCGAUUUUAACUUCAACACCCCGCCUUCGCGGCCGUCGAGUCUCGCCUUCAGCUCAGGUGAUUCCGCCACUUCAUCUCCGCGAUCUUCCCUCAUCCUCCCACCCCAGCCUACGUCCGAUCCCACGGAAUUUUUAGCUAAGGCGAGGGACGUAUACAACUCUCUGGUCGCACUGCUCCACACCUCGCCGCCGCCGCGGAGGCACGAGUCUCGCUGGGAGGCCAUUGCCCCCUCACUGGCUCUUCAGAUCUUCCGGUUCACCAAUGCUCCCGCCGAUAUGCUACCGGUAUUCGAGUCCAAGCUCGCUUCUCACGUCUGCGACGUCAACAGCCCGUUGUUCCAGGAGGUCGAGGCUCACUUUCACCACAGGCUUCUGAUGGAGCUCCAGAAGCGAGUCCAUGAGUUCCGUGGGCUCACUGGAGUCGGUCUUUUCACAUUAGCCACUGGCGGUCGCGUCCAAGGCUCGGGACGAUCAACCGGCACACCAGAUCGUGAGAGCUCUGUUUCUGACAGCACCCGGGAGACUCGAGACGAUGGCGGAAUCGAGGAUAUGGCGACUCGUUUGGCACACCUCGGUAUUCUACACUGGAGAGUCUUCGCCGGCCUCGCAUACACCGAAGACGAGCAAGUCGAUACCCUGAUGGAAAUGAACCAAUUCUAG